AUGAGUGAUUCACCAAAGUCGGACAAGGGUGAGACCAGGUUCCUCACGCCCGCUCCAGAGUUGGACGACCACCGGUUCCAGGCCGAAGGUCUUCCCAGAGCAGACAUCAUGGAGAAUCCAGCCGCACGAGGCUCUCUCGAGAGCCGUGACCGGCCAGAGCUUCUGCUACCGAUUAACGGCAACACAAUGCAAGAAAGGGCCCCAAUAUGCAGAGACUUUGAGCACGCUGUUAUUGACGAUGAUGAGGAAGAAGAUCCAGGCAGACUUGGGGUUAAGAGGGUUUCUGCGAACCCUAUGGGACCUCGUCUGGGGCCUAACGAUGCCCGCAGGCCUUCAGUGACAUCUUCGCGCACCUCUGUCUCAACCUCUCCCCCAAACUCUGUUGAGGCCUUUGCCGAGCCUCGUCGACGUGAACGGGCAAACACAAUGGAGAGCCAAAUGCCUGGAGAGCGUGAACUCCAUCUUCAUCGCACCAUAUCUGCUACUUCUCAUCACCACAAAACAGCUUUCAGCAAUGCCAGUGUGGCUCACCCUGGCAGCGUGGACGUUCGUGUCAACCCAACGGAGGAGGCAGACGUAUGCUUCCCGCCUCCACCCUUCGAAGAUACAGGUCGCUCGCCAAUAAUCGAUUAUGAAGAGCUUGAAGAGUUCGUUGCUCUUAGCAAGGCUAGGGCAGAUAAUAUAUCAGCACAAAAUGGAGUUCAGCGCAAGCAUAGCAUCAGCGCCCAGAGCAGGCAAACUCUCAACUUCACGGGCAUUCAAAAGGGAAACAGCAAUGUCGAUGUCCCCGAAAUUGUGAUGACUCCAUGUGACAUGGAGAAGCCAAAUACUACUGUCCAUCUACCCGUGGACAGUGCCAAGGAUUCCGGCUCGGACGAACCUGAGGAUGAAAAGACUGGUCUUGAGGCCAUGAAGAAUAUCAAUAGCCCACAGCGCUUCAGCUUCUUUUCCUCUGAGUUUGAAAGCACCGUCCAUGCAGCUUCAAUCGGAGACCUUGUACUUCCAGGAGACUCUUUCCGGGAUCUCUUCCAGCUGGGCCCCGAUGGAGGUGUCUGGUGGCUUGAUGUCGUCAAUCCAACUAGUGAUGAGAUGGGCGCUAUGUCUCGCGCCUUUUCUAUCCAUCCUCUGACUGCAGAAGACAUCAUGACUCAGGAAGCCCGUGAAAAGGUCGAACUGUUCCGUCAAUAUUACUUUGUCUGUUUCCGCACUUUUUACCAGAUGGAUAAAAUCAGUGAAGACUAUCUAGAACCUGUCAAUCUAUACAUGGUGGUGUUCCGGGAGGGUGUUAUCUCUUUCAGCUUUACUGAUAACCCACAUGCGGCGAAUGUGAGAAAGCGCAUUGGCAAACUGCGUGAAUAUGUCUCUCUUAGCAGUGAUUGGAUUUGCUAUGCCAUGAUUGACGAUAUUGUUGAUAGCUUUGGCCCUGUCAUUCGCGAAAUCGAGGUUGAAUCUGAAGCCAUUGAAGACCAUGUCUACGUUGCCCGAAUCGAAGACUUCAACCUCUUCCUCCCGAAAAUUGGCGGUCUACGCAAGAAAGUUAUGAGUCUCAUGCGCCUUCUAGGCGGUAAAGCCGACGUUAUAAAGGGAUUCGCCAAGCGUUGCAACGAGCAAUACUCUGUCACACCUCGCGGCGAUAUCGGACUUUACCUUGGCGAUAUUCAAGACCACGUUGUUACCAUGAUGUCCAGUUUGGGCCACUUUGAAAAGAUGCUCAGUCGUUCUCACGGAAACUACCUUGCUCAGGUCAACGUGACAAACAUCAUGGUGGGCAACAGGGUUAAUGAGGUGCUUAGCAAGAUUACCUUUCUGGCCAGUAUCAUCGUUCCAAUGAACUUGAUCUGUGGUCUUUUCGGCAUGAACGUGCAUGUUCCCGGUCAAGGCGGCGAUGACCUGUUCUGGUUCUUCGGUAUCGUCGGGGUCAUUAUCCUCAUCUCCAUAGUCAGCUUGAUUUUUGCCCGUCGAUACAAGCUGCUGUAA